GCCUGCCUUGUCCUUUCUUUAGAUUUUUGUUCCGAUAGUAUUCUCAGUAGUAUGUAUUGUUGCAAUCUAUUCGAGAUCCUCACGUCUUUGCUUACUGAAAUUGAGAAAUUUUGGGCGUUUGCUAGAGUAUUUGAUGAUAGUGACGAAUCCUCUCCAAGUGGUUUCAGAUGAUGCUUAAUUGCAAUUGGAUCGUAUUCUAAGAUCUGGUUAAUCAAACAAGUUUUUGAAUGCCUUAUUGCUCGUAGAUUCGCCUCCAAUUUGAUCUUAACAUUUGUUGAUGGGUGAUAGGCCUUUAUACAAUCAAUAGUCACAUUAGCUUUGCUUGUGAGUUUACAAUUUUGUAAUUAUACUAGAUGAUCCAUCAUACAUAUUACAUAGUCUGACCAUUUUAUGAUUUGAUGAUAGGUUGAAGGUAUUGAUGACUUCAUGAAUCAGUCUCCAACCAUCAAACUACUCAGGAAAAGGCCACCAAAGAUGAUGAUACUCAGUCAUCAGAUUUAGUCACCCCUUCUUCUUCUUGUUAUGUGGGUAAGUCCCUCGCUGGAGAAAACAGAGACACGAAUAUGCUCCUACAUCCAUCAGUACCUCAAGGCCGUAGAAGAGCAGCGGCGACCUCGGUUGUUGCUGUAAAGUUAGACGUCGCCGAUGCCAUCCCUGAGGUCAACGUGUAGUCGGUUCAGCGGGUGUACAGCACCAGAAGGUCUGUCAGAUUGCUUGAAGAAUCUAUGGCUGACCUGAGUGAGUUUGUUGAAAUCCCAAAUUGUACCUGCAAAGAAGCACGAAGAUGCUGAAAGAGAAGAUUCAUUCUCCAGCAGGUAUGCAAUGCCUCGUUUAUUAAAACAGAUGUUUUUUUUGUAAUUUGGAUAGAGUUUGUAAAUCAAGUUUAGUUGUGAAUUGCCGGUUCCAAAUUCCAGGCAAAAAAAAAUCAGAUGAAAACUCAGAGAAAGUAAAGGAGGCUGCAGAAGUUGUGUCAGUGAGAGAUUUGAAUGAUUCAAUGGACAAGGAAUGGGAUGGUUCAGAGAAUGGAUUCUUCUGAUCUUGACAUAUUAUAUGGUGGUGAUCUUGGUGAUAUCACUUUCUUUGAUGCGUCCACUAGUAAGGAACAGAUGAAUGGAACAAAACAAUGAUGUGUGCGUUUGGUAUUUUAACCGAUUCAAACCGGCCUGAAGAGUUGCCUUAACCGGCCUGUACCACCGUUUUUCCCGCCAUUUAACUCUCUUCUCUUCUCUGUAAAUUUUCUGAGAAAAUAAAUAAUAAACAAAAUUGGGAAUUUGGUAAGAAAAUAAAAAAAAGUUAGGAUCUUUUCAUCUUCUCAUAGACUCAGAGUGACUGAUACACUUCUGAAACGGAGAUGGCUUCGUCAACACCUAAAACCCUAAUGGAUUUUUUUCAACCUGCCAACAAACGCCUCAAAGCUUCCCCUUCUUCUUCUUCCUCCUCCUCUUUCCCCGCCGUCUCCGUCGCCGGAGGAUCCCGCGGUUCGGGUUCUGCAGCAAUCUCGCCGCCUCGUUUAACCGUUGCAAGUUCCGCCGCCGAUGACUCAUCUGGCCUUACACCUGACCAGCUCGCUCGCGCCGAGUUCAACAAGUUCGUCGCCAAAUCCAAGCGUAACCUCGCCGUCUGCUCCGAGAAGGUCACAAAAGCGAAAGCUGAAGGAAGAUGCUAUGUGCCGUUGAGUGAGCUUUUAGUGGAAGAGUCAUGGCUUAAAGCACUUCCUGGUGAAUUGCAUAAACCUUACGCCAAAACCCUUUCUGAUUUCCUUGAAAGUGAGAUCAUUGCUGACGGUAAAAGCCCUCCGAUUUAUCCACCGCAGCAUUUGGUUUUCAAUGCCCUCAAUACAACUCCUUUUGAUCGAGUCAAGGUUGUUAUUAUUGGACAGGAUCCUUACCAUGGACCUGGUCAAGCUAUGGGUUUGUCUUUCUCUGUACCUGAAGGAGAAAAGCUUCCUUCUAGUUUGUUGAACAUAUUUAAGGAGCUUCAGAAAGAUGUUGGCUGUUCCAUCCCACGUCAUGGUAAUCUACAGAAAUGGGCUGUGCAGGGUGUGUUGCUGCUGAAUGCUGUUCUUACAGUAAGGAGUAAACAGCCUAAUUCACAUGCAAAGAAAGGAUGGGAACAAUUCACUGAUGCUGUUAUUCAAAGCAUCUCACAGCAGAAGGAAGGUGUUGUUUUUCUCCUCUGGGGAAGAUACGCUCAAGAGAAAUCCAAGUUAAUAGAUGCGACUAAACAUCAUAUACUCACAGCAGCGCAUCCAUCUGGUUUGUCGGCACAUAGAGGCUUCUUCGACUGCAGGCAUUUCUCUCGCGCAAACCAGAUAUUUGAGCAAAUGGGGAUUCCUCCCAUCGACUGGCAACUUUAACAUCUUAACCUCAGGUUUAAGGCCAAGACGAAGGUGUAAUAUUUAUCGGGAAGCUUAGCAUUUUUUGCAGUCCUUUUUUGUGAAGAAAGCUUCAAGUUCUUAACAGUUGUAAUGCCUUUUUUUGUUGUGAUUUAUGUUAUCACGGAACCUAGCAUAGGCUGUUGAAGUAGUUGUAUCUGAGUAUGGCUCAGUAGUGGAACACUGUCUCCUCAUUUUGUAGCUUAAAGAAUGGUGUUCAACUGUGUA